AUGGGGAACAAUUCAUCAAAGCCUAAAGACUUGAAGGGGUCUCCAUUGUCGCGUACAGACACGGGAAACUCGGCAAAGUCUUCAAGAUCUAUCAGGUCAAGGAUAUCAAUGCUGAAGGAUGACAGUUCAACGAAUGGUUCACCAAAGACGGGAUCGAAGUCAACUUCACGCAAGAAUUCAUCGACUAGUUUGAACAACAUGAACAGCAGCAGUCAUAGUAUGAACAUACCGAACAACGGGAACAAUAAUGCUCAUUCAAAUAAUAACUCCAAUUCCAACUUAUCGAAUUCGUUUUCAAACUUGAGCUUACAAAAAAACCCAUCAAAUCAGCAUGCUAACAAUAAUUUUAAUUUACCACCUUCGAUGAUUCAAGUGGAACCGAAAGAACCCAUUUUAAUUAGGCGAAAUACAGGUACAGAUGGAGAGGAUACACCACUAAGUCCCAAAAAUCAUUCAUUUAAUUCGAAUUCACCUUAUUUAUCAUCAUCUUUUGAUAACAGCAAUCCUUCGAACAACAUAAGUAGGACUUCAACAAACCAUUCACAUCAUUCCGGAAGUAUUAGUAAUUAUCCAUUAUCACCGCAACUAACGUCAUCUAGUGCAAAUGGAAGUACCAAAGACUUACAAGAGGAUACAAAUAAGGGUCUGGAAAGCCAACUGUCGAUUGAUAAUAUCAACAAGGAGGUACCGAUUAAUAAUAUACUGCAUAGCUCAACUGCUGAUUCUAAUGAAAGCAAUGAUAACAGCUCUAUUGAUAUUGAGAAUUUGAUUCAGAGAUUAUUGGAUGCUGGUUACAGUGGUAAGAAAACAAAAAGCGUUUGUCUUAAGAACCAUGAAAUUCAGUUGAUCUGUGCUAAAGCAAGGAACAUUUUCUUGCUGCAGCCAUCAUUGUUAGAAUUAAGCCCUCCUGUUAAAGUGGUUGGGGAUGUGCAUGGUCAAUAUGGCGAUUUAAUUCGAAUUUUCACUAAGUGUGGGUUUCCUCCUCAAACAAAUUAUUUAUUUUUAGGUGAUUAUGUCGACCGAGGAAAGCAGUCCUUAGAAACAAUCUUACUUUUACUAUGUUAUAAAAUUAAAUAUCCUGAAAAUUUUUUUCUUUUAAGAGGAAAUCACGAAUGUGCUAACGUUACUAGAGUUUAUGGGUUUUAUGAUGAAUGUAAGCGUCGUUGCAAUAUCAAGACGUGGAAGCUAUUCAUAGACACUUUUAAUACUUUACCUAUAGCUGCUAUUGUAGCAGGAAAAAUAUUUUGUGUGCAUGGUGGACUAUCUCCAGUACUUAACUCGAUGGAAGAAAUUAGAAACAUUGCAAGACCAACGGAUGUGCCAGACUUUGGUCUAUUGAAUGAUUUACUUUGGUCAGAUCCGGCCGAUACCAUGAAUGAAUGGGAAGAUAAUGAAAGAGGUGUGUCUUAUGUAUUCUCCAGAGUCGCUAUUAAUAAAUUUCUACAGAAAUUCGGGUUUGACUUGGUCUGUAGAGCCCAUAUGGUUGUUGAAGAUGGUUAUGAAUUUUUCAAUGAUAGAACAUUGGUGACGGUUUUUUCUGCGCCGAAUUAUUGUGGUGAAUUUGAUAACUGGGGUGCAGUUAUGAGUGUGAGUGAUGAGUUACUUUGUCUGUUUGAAUUAUUAGAUCCGUUGGAUAGCAUUGCGUUGAAGCAAGUGAUGAAAAAGGGUAAAGAAGAACGGAAAAAUGCGCAGUUACAGCAACUGCAAGAUUAA